GGCAUCCGCAUCGGCUCGUACAGCAACUGCACGCCCAUUUCCGAGGGCGUCACAUCCGAGGUCUUCCGCUCCGGCACCACCGCCCUCAAGGUCAUCGUCCACAGCACCCCCGAGCCGCACAACCCCCUCCGCGAGGUCAAGAUCCUGCAGACGCUCCAUCCGCCGUGCAUCCCCUUGCUCGACUCCUUCCGCGACCACGAGCAGCGCCUCGUCCUCGCCUUUCCGUACAUGCCGCUGACCCUCGCCGACGUCCUCGACCGCAGCAGCAGCACCUCUUCCUCCGCGCUGGACCUUGACCUCGUCCGCUCUCUCUUCCGCGACAUCCUCCAGGCCCUGCGCGAGAUUCACGGCCAGGGCAUCGUCCACCGCGACAUCAAGCCCUCGGCCAUCCUCCUCGCGUCGCCCUCGGGCCCGGUCUACCUCUCCGACUUCGGCACCGCCUGGCACCCGACCUUCUCGGCAGCCUCCGAGCCCCGGGACAGCAAGAUCCUCGACAUCGGCACGGGGCCGUACCGCGCGCCAGAGGUCCUCUUCGGCGACAAGUCCUACGGCCCGCCCGUCGACAUGUGGGCCCUCGGCGCCGUCCUGGCCGAGUGCAUCCGCAGCCCGCCCGCGCCGCUCUUCGAGUCGCGCCCCGCGCACGAGGACGGCAACCAGCUCGGGCUCAUCCUCAGCAUCUUCAAGACCCUCGGCACGCCCACGCCCGAGACGUGGCCCGAGGCCAAGGGUUUCAAGGUCACACCCUUUGAGCUGUGGACUGUGUUUCCGCAGAGAAGCUGGGAGGAGAUUCUGCCGGGUGUUGACGAGGGCUUUAGGGAGGUUGUGGGGAGGCUGGUGCGGUAUGAUGGUAGCAGGGCCACGGCCGAAGAGGUGAGUUCUGCGUCUCCAGAAUAUACAUAUAUAUAG